AUGUUUAGUAUAAUGAAGUCUAAUCUUUCGAAGAGAAAGAACCAGCUAUUAGAGAGUAAAGAAGUAGAAACAGAAGACUUAAAAACUCACAAGAUAAGACAAGAGGAGAAGGGAACUGGUGCCCGGAGAGCAAAGAUAUAUAUGCUCAUUGGAGUAGCUAUACUGUGCCAUGUGUGGAACAGAGUGUUGACAGUAGAUGGGCUAAGAGAUGUCCAGAUAAAAGCUGCUGCUAUUUCUGAAGAAACAGAAGAAGACAGCGCAGAUAGUAUAAUAAUGCCAGUGCUAAAAAAAGAAGCCAGAAACAUUGGGUUUAUGUACAGAAAGAGGUUUUUUUCGCCUGAGAUAAAGCUAGACUACUGUAUACCACUUGAAGAGACUGGUUGUGAACGUACUAUUUAUAGGUUUAAGCGAAACUGCAGUCUGGACAAAGUAUGUGAUGAUAAUGAGCUUUUAUAUGAAGGUGACUUGCUCAAGUACAAAAAAGAGUACUUUAAUACGCUUCUUAACAUGUUUCCCUCACUAGGUGAAUGUGUGUCCAUAUUGUCAGACGAUAUUGACUCCUUCUAUACAUUUAUUAAUAGUGCUAAUGUAAAAGAGCAUAAGCACAAAAUACUUGCCUCAUUGCUAAUGCUUGCAGAGGGAAAGAGUGUACCACUCUCAUUUAAUAAAAGUUAUAACAGAACAGAGCUCGUUCUGAGGAAGACAAAUAGUGAAGAAGAGCACUUCAGAGUGAGCAUGAAUGUGUUGGUCAAAACUAGCAAAGAAGAAACAGAGUCUACAGAUGUGUUUGAAGAGGUGCUCCAACAAAAGGCAAUUGAAGUUAUAAACUUUUUUAUAGAGAACAGAAAAAAUAAGGUCUUUAUAAAAGAGAAAGAUAGCUCAAAGCCAUCUGACUGUGAUAUGCAUGAGAAAGUUCAGUUUGUAAACAGCCCAGCCUUCCUUAUACAAACCUAUAUACACCACUGCCUAGAAACUACCAAGGAGGCAGUUUUAUUCAUUCAUACAGCCUAUUGCUUGCUAGGCGAAUGGAUGCCACAGAAAGAAGAAUCCUUGAGAAAAGAGGAGAUGGAAAACAUUGCAAGAUAUCUGAUAAGUAGGUAUAUAGAGCAGAAAGACGAACUUGCAAGAGAAAGUGUGAAAAGAUACUAUAUAAGUUGUCAUCUACCUGAUAGGUAUAUAAAGGAGAAAGAAAAAAAAAUAGCUGAGAAACGGCACAAUGCUUUUUUCAAAUCCAUAGUGUCAGAAGAAAAUCGCCCAUUUGAUAUAGAGAAGAUAGACAUAACUCAUAUGAACAAAAUAUUUAUGCGCAAUGAUUAUAUGGAUAACUGCGAUGAUCUUUUAUAUCUAGGUGUAGCUUCAGAUGUUGUUCCUGUCCCAAUAAAGACGGACAAUUCGAGCGCUUCUUCUCCUGCACCUGGAAUAAAUCCCCUAGAUGACAAGCAUAUUCAAGAGGAUGCUAAGCCCACACUAUCGCCUAGAUUUACUGACCAUUUAGAGACAGUGCUUCUAGGCCUUCUACUGUCUAGCGCAUAUAACAUUGUGAAGAAUAUAUACAGUGUUGACCACAUAAAGCAUGCCUCUGAGGAGCUGAAAAGCUUUUUCAAGAAAUAUUCGAGCGCGCGUGAGCAAGUAGGAAAGGAAAUGCACGAUGACUGGAACAAAGUAGUGGGGGGCCUGCCUAAUCCAAAAAUUCGCUAUAUGCGACCAGACAGAAAUCAGCUUAUGCCUGGGAUGAUAAACAUGAUGCAUGUUAUUAAAGAGAUAACAGGAGUGGGUUCCAUAAAGAAAAUAGAUAGGCUUAAAAGAAGACUGUAUUUGGUUGAAGAAACCCAGAGUAUUGAUGAUAUAAAGAGUCUUUAUGACAUGUCUAAUAAAUUGGAUACAAUAUAUAGCCAGAAAGCGAAGCAUGAGGUUGACAUGCAGAUCAAAGACAUAAUUUAUAUUAGAAAACUGAAGCAUAAAAAAGUGCUUGAAAUGAAACAAAAAAAUGCAAAAACUAAAGAAGAAGCAGCUAAGAUAGAGAAAAAGAUACAAAUAAUAAUUCAAAAAAGAAACAGUGAUGAUUUGGAUCGUUUAGUAAGUCGUUAUAAAAAUAUUAGUAGAUGGAUGGAGUGUAAACUAAAAAAUAAAACGCUUCACUAUCUGAAUAUAAUAUUUUCAGAAAUUGCAUUAAGUAAAACUGCUCUGAUACAUUCAGUAGAUAGAUUUAAAAAGAUUCUUAAUGAAGGACAUGAGGAUUUUUUUUGGAAUAAACUCAAAAUACAAUAUGACAAGAGUCAUCUGCAUUUGGACUACUCACAUUGCUAUGAGUUUGAUAUGUCUCUUGAAAGUGACCCGAAUAAAAAAGAACUAAAAACGUGGAAAAGCAGGUUUUGGUUGUUUUUAGACUAUGAUUUAGAAAAUCUAGAAUCGCCUAUUAUAGGGAUGCUUAAUUCCUAUAAAGAUAAAGGUAUCGAGACAAGUGAACCCAAAGAAGAGAAUAAGAAUCCCUUGACUCUGAAUAAACAUGUGGGUCCUACUCUUUUGUAUGAAAAAGAGUACAGGAUUGUUGAUACUCUCCUGCUUAAUCCUCUAAUCCAUAAGAUGGAUCAUAUAAACAAAAAUGUAUGGGGGCUGCUUCUAUAUGGAAUGGAAAAAAAACUUGACAAAAAUCAUCCUUUUUUACGCCUAGCAGAUAACAUCUUGCACAGUACUUGCUUUAUGAAUAGUAAGAUUAGAAAUACAAUGUUUAUAUUUCUUAGUCACAUCCCAGUAGAUAAGCAUCAUCCGCUAACAGGAAUAGACAAGAGUAUAGAUGAAAAAUAUAUUCCAUCCACAAUACGUGAAGUAUUAUACUUAGCAAAAAGUAUAAAAUUUCUAUCGCAGGCAACGUAUGCCAAUAUACUAACUAACUUAAUGAUUAGUUUGCAAAGAAAAUAUAGUAAUGAUAACUACGAAUGCAAUGAUUUUUCUGAAGACCUGAUCUCUAUAAUUCGGAGCGAGCCUUCGCUUAUCAAGAUUUUAACACUGAAUGGAACCAUUAUGGACUAUAUUUUUAAAAUUAUUCAAUCUAUAGAGGGAGUAGAAACUAAGUAUACAGCUAGUGAUUGUAAGAGAUUUGGCAACCGGCCUUUGCUGUGGAUUAUUUACUCUGCACAAAAAUUUAAAUAUACAGGAUGGUCUAAUGUAGUACAAGAAUGCUAUAACUUAAUUGAUAUAGAAAGCUUCAAAAAUGAUAGUGUCUAUAUACGUUAUUGUAGUAACACGUGGUUUGUAAAUAGGCCAAAUCUGUUUAAAGAGAUAAAAGACAUAGUGUGUGUUGAGAAUGAUAGGGAGAGUAUGGAAAAGUUUUCAAAAAUUCAAUCUCAUUUAAUAUAA